AUGACGACGAACAACAGUAAGGAAAAAAAGAGCACAGAAGAAGGAGGAAGAAGUUUAUUGGACACCCUCAACAGUGAUAUAGAGCUCUAUCACAAGAAGGUUCAACUCAAGCGGAAAAUAGAGAGAAACCUGGCCAAAGAGAGGCAAAUACAGGAAGAUCUUAUGCGUGAGGCAGAAGAGAGUGAAUCGACCAAUAAAGAGAAGGAGGCUGAUAAAGAGACAGAGGAUGCUGGAAAGGCAGAUGCAGAUGGUGUGGUAACGAAGCAGACUGUUGGUGAUGAUAAGGAAGCUACUUCAAGCACAAGUAAAGAUGACGAAGAGAGCGAAAAGGUUAGCAGGCAGUCAGUACCAGCAAAUAGGAAAAGAAGUCAUUCAGAAUUGGACGGAAACGAUGGAGCAAAGGACUCGGAUGAAUCCUUUAAAGAGAAUGCACCAAAGAAGCAAAAAAGCACUAGGUUCACACAUCGGAAAAGAAGAGGAAAUACAGUUCCUUGGACGAAGACGGAGGAUGAUGCCAUUGUUUACUACAAGGAGGAGAUGAGAUACUCGUGGAAGCGGAUAGAAGAGUUACUGAAGCACAGACAUUCAUGGCAGGCCAUACAAAUGAGAUAUCUCCGUAACCACAAAUCUAGAAACGAGGAGUGGUCCAGGUACAUGGAGAUUAAGUUGAUCAACUACGUUCGGAAAGACUGGGAGAACCGCUGGAAAAGGAUCAGCGAGGCCCUGGGUAACAAUUUCAGUGUCGAGCGUUGCGUGAACAAAAACGUUGAGAUAUGCAAAAAGAUGGAGAUGCCAUAUUUUGCUAGUGUGUUUAACAACAAGCAGGUUACCGCAGGAUACGAGAACCCAUACCACGAUAUAAAGGAUGCUGAGCAGCACAAGAAGUUACUGCUUGUAUACAUGGGCUUGGAUUCCAUAACAUACGAUGAUACUGAUGAUGAAAAUGAGGCUGAGGAUCACAAAGAAAGCUAG